AUGCCCUUUGCGCAACUCGUGAUCGGGCCCCCCGGCGCCGGCAAGUCGACCUACUGCAACGGCAUGCAACAGUUCAUGGGCGCCAUCGGGCGCAAGUGCUCGGUGGUGAACCUCGACCCGGCCAACGACCCGGUGUCGUCGUACAAACCGGCCCUCGACAUCCGCGACCUCAUCUCGCUCGAGACCAUCAUGCGCGACGACGACAUCGCCCUCGGCCCCAACGGCGGCGUGCUCUACGCGCUCGAGGAGCUCGAGGAGAACUUUGACGGCUGGCUCGUCGACGGCCUCAAGAGCCUGGGCGACGACUACGUCCUCUUCGACUGUCCAGGGCAGGUCGAGCUGUUUACCCACCACGGCAGUCUGAGGAGGAUCUUUGCCAGGCUGGAGAAGAUUGGGUAUCGUUUGGUUGUGGUCAACCUGAUUGACUCGUAUGCCCUCACUUUACCCUCGUUGUACAUUUCCACCCUCCUUCUGUCGCUACGGAGUAUGCUCCAGCUCGAUUUUACGCACAUCAACGUCCUCACCAAGAUCGACAAUCUCAGCAAAUACCCCCCACUACCGUUCAACCUGGAUUUUUACACCGAAGUCCAAGACCUGUCGUACCUGCUCCCAUACCUCGAGGAAGAGUCGCCCAUGUUCAAACAAGGCGGCAAGUUCCAAGCGCUGAAUGAGGCCAUUGUUCAGCUCGUCGAGGAGUACGGGUUGGUCGGCUUCGAGACGCUGGCCGUCGAGGACAAAAAGAGUAUGAUGAGCUUAUUGCACACCAUCGACAGAGCGGGCGGCUAUGCGUUUGGCGGUGCCGAGGGCGCAAAUGACUCUGUUUGGCAGGUCGCUGUCAGGGAAGGACUUGGCAAGUUGGAUGUGAGGGAUGUCCAAGAACGGUGGAUCGAUCAAAGGGAGGAAUAUGACGAGUUGGAGAGGAAGGAGUGGGAGGAGGAGCAGAAGCGGAGGGAAGAGGAGUGGGCCAAGAGCGGAGAAGCGAUGAUGGGAAUGGCUAAUGAUGGAGAUGAUGAAGAUAUGAACUUACCGCCGCUCAAGGAUGGUGGUGUGAAAGUCGUCAGGAGCGAGAAGAAGUCUUCAUGA